GCGAGUCGCCGGGCCGACGGCCACCGUGACGCAGCAGAACAGCGGCCGUUUGCGUGCUGUGCAGCAGCCAGACGGCCGCAGUUGGCACCGCCGCCCAGCGUUGGCCGGUGUGCGGCGGUUGAGCGCAGAAGUGCACCCUGCUGACGCCAUCAUGGGUCCGUCUCGCUCCGUCAGUGUGGCGGUGCUGCUCCUCUGUCUGGUGAUUGGCGGAGAGGCGGCCCGGAUACUCAUGCUGGUUCCCAUUGGCGGAAAGUCGCAGAAGAACGUCUUCUACGGCCUCGCGUCCGGGCUGGUGGAGCGGGGUCAUGAUGUCGUCUUCUUCAACGGCUUCAAGCCUUCCACUCCCGUCAAGGGCGUUCGCGAGGUUGUGCCCGACGAGCUGGCGAGGAUCUUCUCCGAUGAAAAUCUGCCCAACAUGUUUAAGAUGAAUGAACGGGGCAUGCAAGCGGGUCUGAAGCAGUUCUUAACUUUCUUUUCGGAUGGACCUCGAGCGGCUUUGGAGAGCAAAGAACUUGACCACCUUCUGAAAGAGAAAUUUGAUCUAGUCGUGUUUGGUGGGUUCUCAUACCCACUGUAUUUUGUUGCACAUGUUCUGAAGACUCCAUUCAUUAUCCUAGUUCCGGUUUCCUACUUUCCUAUCUUUAUGAGUCCUAUGGGAAAUCCGACUCUUCCGGCAAUAAUUCCAACACCAUUCGUCAUGAGCACGGAUAAAAUGACCUUCAUGACGCGUGUGAAGAACGUCAUGAGCCACUUCUUCUUGGAUAUUGUAUUCCGGAGAGGAUUUUCAUUCUACAGCGACCGUCUGAUCGCUGAGAAGUUCGGUCCCGGAGUGAUGCCUCCUGUGCUAGACAUAGAAAGAAACGCUAGUCUUCUGAUGCUCAGCAGCAACCCAGCUAUGGAUUACCCGAAGGCCCUCCUUCCCAACACCAUUGAGGUUGGAGGCAUGCAUUGUGCUGAACCGAAGCCACUGCCAAAGGAGUUGACCAGCUUCCUCGGUGACUCAGAGUUCAUCUUCUUCAGCUUGGGCUCGGUGGUGAGACCUCAGGACAUGUCUCCGGAGCAGAAGGCAUCCAUCCUCGCCGCACUCGGCAAGCUACCCUUCAAGGUUCUCCUCAAGUGGGACACAACAGACCGCGCCGGACUGCCCGCCAACAUCCUCCCCUCCAAGUGGCUUCCGCAGCAGGACAUCAUCGGCAGCAGCAAGUGCCGACUCUUCGUCACCCACGGCGGUUUCGGCAGUCUGGUGGAGUCUGUGUGUCACGGUACACCCCUCCUUGUCCUCCCCGUAACUGGCGACCAGCAAGGCAACGCCAUCACCGCCGAGAGGCUCGGUAUGGGAGAAACCCUCACCUGGGACCGUCUGAAUGCCGACACCCUGAAAGCCUCCAUCGAGUCGGCCAUGUCUUCGGAACGCCUCGCCGCUGCGCGGUACCGACAACGUCUGAUGAGGGAGCAGCCGGUUUCUCCGCGUCAUCUUGCCGUUCACUGGGCCGAGCACGUCAUCCGGCACGGCGGCGCGCCGCAUCUCCAAUCCGUCGGCGCCGAGCUCAACUUCUUCCAGUACUACUCGCUGGACGUGCUGGCCUUCCUGCUGGCCGUGCUGCUGCUGGCGCUGAAACUGCUGGUUGCCAUGGUGAAGUGCUGCUGUCGCUGCGUUUGCGGACGGAAGACCAGUCAGGAGCCUCCGAAAGAAAAGUCUAAGGGCAAGCGUGCUAAGAGCGAUUAGUGCCCUUAAAGGGACCCUCCCACCUUAACAUUAGAUUUGAGUUGAGAUAGCCAAAAUAGGGUCCCUGGCUCACAAUUACCGGUUUCGGCACUCACAACAUCGAGAAAUGCCUUAAAUCGGAAAUAUUGAAUUUCAAAAUUGCAGCAUUUUGAUUCAGAGGGGCUAAUGCAUAGGAAUACCCCUCUGAAUGUGUGACGUCAGCGCAGAUAUCUAACGAUUUUUAAAUGUUUGACUAAAACGUUUUGUAGCACGCAGUGGUAUAUGCUGCUUUGCGCGCAACAAGUGCCGCACUUUCAGCUGCAAAACUAUUGCUUCCAAAUAAAGUCGCUAGGUACAGCGGAGAUCCCAAAAAGUAAACAAAAGUAAAAGUCUAAUAUCUUGAAAACCGGUGAAUAUUUUUCGGUGAAAUUUGGUAGAUAUUCGUUUUCGCUCUUUCUGAACCGAGCGACAUCACUUUCAUGCCAAUUCAUAAACUUUUUUGAAGGUGGGAGGGUCCCUUUAAAGUUUGUGCUUGGGUUUGUUACGUCGUGGCAGCAAUUUGUGUCUUUGAAUGUGCGCCUUUUACCUGUCAGAAACAACGCUGCCAGUUAAUUAUGGACAGUUGGAUGGCUGGACGGGUGAUUUGCCGAUGAUUGCUCAGUGUGUUCGUGCUGGUGUUCGGUUUUAUACCUGAGUGCUUAUGCGGCGUUUUUGAUUCGCGAUCACUUUAUUCCGUGUCUUAUGUUCUUUCAACCUCGCUUCAACUGCUGCUGGUGCAAAAAUUGCAUUCGUGUGUGUUGUGCGUAUUAUCAGAUUUAGACGAUAUAAACGUCACAGUGAUUC